UCUAUCUUUUUUCCGUCGCACUUUUCACAGUUUCACUUAAACUUCAGAACAGCACAUAGAGUUGUAGAUGCCUGUAUCGACAAACAAAACUUGACAUCCAUUAUCAUUAACCUGCAUCUUCUGAUCCUACUGUAUUUAUGUUAAACUUAAUCUUGUAAAUAAACGUUAUCUAAAUAUUUUGUACAAUGAAAAUAAAAAUUAAACUCCCUUCCCUUUCAAUUAACAAAAGAGUAAAGACAACCGUUGUUAGUGAUCAACUCAGGAAAGAGGGUUUUUGUUAAGCAAAUAGUAAUUCUUCAGGACGAGAAUUGCCAAUAUGUAACGUCAGUGUUUAUAUUUACACAGACGUGAUCGUCCUGUUAUUAACUUAGUAUGUGUUGAAAAAAUCACAUGCUACGCCAUGUGGCAACAAUUUCUUUUUGUUGUAACUAAGAUGAAGCACGUCUUUCACUUUUUCAUAGUACCUCGUCUACCGGAUCCGCGCUCCCUGCCCCGUGCGCGCUCCCGACACAGGGGAACGUAUUCUGUCGGGGGGAUACCUAUCUUGGUACGACACCGACUUCUGUUUAUGCAGGGGGGGAUUUCCGGUACAUACUCUCGCGUGAAUACUCAAUCUCGCGACUUCGGUGGUCUACAGAGCGACCAUAGUAUCGGAACCUGUGAGUCUAGAGCUUAGGAGCGCUAAAUUGCUUGUGCAAAAAAUAAAAAUAAAUAAAUAAAUAAUGAAUACAUUUCACGUGUGAUUAGUGGGCGUAUUGCGUGCGCAGUUCGUUACUGGCGCAAAGGUAGUGCUUACCGGGAUAUUUAAAGGAGGAUUUUGCGUGUGCUACUGUCUGCCAUCAUGGAGCGUUUGGGGGAGCAAAGCAGCCGUAAAAGAAAAAUGAAAUUUGAAGCUAUGGCUUUGAAGGUGCUGGUGGAGGAGGCGUGUGCUCACAGUGGAGAACUGAAGCAGAAACAUCUAAGUGUUGCCAGAAGAAACGCGAUUUGGGAGGCCAUCUGUGAAAAGGUGAAUGCUGUGAGCCGAACCAGAAGAUCUCCCGAUGAAGUAAAAAGAAGAUGGCAGGAUUUUCGCAGGAGAACAAAAGAAAAACUUUCCCUCAAUAAAUCCACUUCUAGCAAAUCAGUCGGGGCCCCAGUAGAAGAGAUCUCCCUCACUACAACUGAGCAGACGCUUCUGGACACAUUUUGCGAUGAGCAGAUUGUUGGAAUCCAGGGAUGUGACUCGCUUGACCAAAAAAUAGUAAACCAAGCUGGUGAAUCUUUAUCAGAUGUCCGGAAGUCCCCGCCUUCCUCCACCAGUGUGCCUACAUCAGAAAACUGCCCAGAGGAACCCCGAAGGUGUCCUGACUGUGAUGAUCUGGAGCGGAUGCAGGAACAAAAUCAGACGGACUCACUACAGGCUAUUGCGCAGGAGAUCAGAGCCGUAGCCAAUGUUGCGCGCGCCUUCCGCCGUGACGCUCAGGCCAUCGUGGCGCACACGAGGCAGCUGGUCAGUGCCGUGACUGGGCUCACAAUGGCUGUAAAUGCCCUGGCAGGAGUUGGAGGCAGUGUUCCUUCACCUGCGCCGCCGGUGAAUGAAGUGGUAGGAGAGCGCACGAGUGGACGCCGGGGCAACCCGCGAAAACGCAAAGCCCCAAAUAAGAACAUUUGAAGAAAAGAAAAUAAGAACAGUCAAUGCCACAAUAAUCAAUUUCUCAUUCGGAUGUUUUUUUUUAUUUGUUUUUUUUUAUUGGUUGUUCUAGGUGGUUGUUGAAUUAACGUUACGUUUCCAAUCAUAACACAAGAUUUCAUGUCCAUCAUGGUGUAUUUUUAUUACAUAAAUUAUUUAAAUAAACCUUAAAUGGCUCGUUAGAAGGUUCUUUGAAUCACAUUGGCGGGUGUCUAUGAAUACGCUGCAUUCCGUGUGCGUUCUACAGUCGGAAUCUGACUAAAUAGAAUCACGUUAUCUCAACUUCAAUACGUUUUAUUCAAAUUGAGACAAAAGACUGUCUCGUGUGAUAUCCCCUGAUUUCCUAUGAUCCCGCGUUGUCACUCCUCGUCUUCAGCACAAGAUCAGUCUAGCUAUAAUGGAUCAUGUUAUCUCAACAUGAUUAAAUGUCAUAAACGUGAAGUUGUUGAAUUUCUUGUUUAUCCAACAGGAUUAUAUCACGUUUUUGUUUGAAACGUGAAAUUAUUUAGUUAAAAGUACAUGCUAUUCUUUUGUUAAUGUGAUAAACCCCUAAGUUCAUUUUUUUUAGUGCAUUUGGUGUAAUUCUCACAGUGUUUCAGAAAAAAAGGUAAUUAUUCUAAUAGUAAGAUGUGUGUGGUGGUAAAAUUCCGCUUUGCUGCUUCAGAAACUCACCAGUUUAUGGUGCAGUAAUGGCACCAUAAAUUGCAAUUACUGCAUUUUAUGGUGCAGUAAUUGGAACCAUAAAUUCACAAAAUGAGUAUUUGGCCUAAUCAAAAUCUGUUUUCAGAUGCUGUAGUGUGGCCUUAAACAGGCCAUCCAUACUCAAAAGCUUUACUUUAUCUGAAUUAUUUCAAUUCUGCAAGGAGAGGACUAAAACUCCUUCAUUACUAGUUAUUGCAAACACUUGAUAGUUAUUGCUGCCAGUUAUGACACAGCCAUUUAUUAGCUGUAGGGAGCAAUUACCCUUUCAUAUGUGGUCAGGUUUGUUUGCAUGACUGUCUUCCUUAUAAAUGCCAUAAGCAUUACAUUUUGUGUUUAAUACUAGAGUUAUCUUUGUCUGAUAUUAAAAUGUUAUUGGAAAUAUAUGUUUGAGUGGAAAUAUGACAAGAAAAUACAAAUCUGUUAAAAAAAAUAGACAAUCCAACCACUCCAGACUAAUAAAAUGUAAAACUUUAAUCAAUCAAUCAAUCAAAUUUUAUUUCUAUAGCACA